GCGAAAAAACUCCUGGACAAGCACUGCAAGAUCGACGUCAAUGACGAGUGGCAGCCUGUAGAUGACCAGAAGAUUGCACAACUGCGUGGCAUUCUCUCCGCGCUGCACGAGGAGAACCAGUCCACUCAGCUCCUGAGGGUCGAGAGCGAG